AUGAAUACAAAGACUUUGGCACGUGCGAACCGCGAAAAAUAUCUGGCUGGCAUCGGCGGAAGAUAUUAUCCGACGUGGCACCGACGGCCUUCACUGACACGUGUAAAAAGCGCCUCCAAAGUGGAGCCGCUUGCCUCCGUUUCUUUCUUUUCCCGAGGGUUUUUCUCCUUUUUUUUCCUCUCGUUUUCUCCAGAUUUUUUUGUUUCUUUUUUUUCGUUCUCGAUUCAAAUUAGUGCUGUCACGCGUUUUGAUAUGCUGCGUGUCGAGGGAGAUUUCCGGCCGGAGGCGCUGCGUCGGCCCCUGCCGUCGGAGGCGGAUGUAGCCUGCGAUCGUGAGUUGACUCGCUCGAGGUCGGAUGCGUCGUCUCUCACCGCCGAUGACCGGAAAGCUGUUUUUCGCAGCUCGGAGGAUGUGGCGCCGCAGGAUGAUGGUACUGCAUGGACGGACGAGAAGCACAAUUUAUAUCUUCAUGAUUUGGAAGUGUCAUUUGCCGAACAACUAUAUCACUCGAAGGCUUUGCUGUCGCAGUGCUCAGAGCAGAAUCUGAGAGAUGUGAAUAUAUCUAAAAAGCGGUUGGCUGAUGUGAAAAAUGCUUCUGAGCAGUUUAAAAAACCCUUACAGAAUAGCUGCUUGCAGAAGAUUAGCUACGUCAAGGGUGGGCCUCUUUUUGGUAGUUCCACAACAGAUUUGUCAACCCCUUUUACGAGUACAAGGGGUUACAAUUUGAAGAAUAAUUGCUAUCUGCCAUCAGCUGAAUGGGCUGCUUCUCGGGAGGUGUGGAGCGCUCUGAAACACGUGAAAGGAACAAUAUCUCAUAGAUUAGGAACAUGUUCACAGGAAUAUUCCUCCAGUGAUCCAUACCUUGGGGAUUCAUUUGACUUGCAGAGAGAGGGUACUGGGCAGAAUUUUCCAGAUGAAGGCACAUCAAAUUUUGAACCACAGGCAAAAAGGUCGAAAAACGCUGUAGCAGAGAGUUCUCUUCAGGACCAAAUUGUUCCUUCCUCAAAAUGCCCCACAGCAAAUUAUCCAGAUACUGACGGUUUAUAA